AUGGCGACCAUGAUGCAAACGGUCACUAGCGUGGACGUGCAAGCGUCGCGCAACAAAGACAUCGCGACUCGCCUGCUUGAUGGCACUCUCCAUGCCGAUUACCCUCCUGUUCAGCAGUUUGCAACCAUCGACGGCCUACUGAAGUCACAUGCUGCUCAGCCCGACGAGUCACAGAUUCCACUAAUUUGCUAUCCGAUCCGCGGUGCGGCUGACUUCGAAGAACAUACUGCUGGCGAUAUCGACCGCUAUACGGAUGUCGCGAUUCAAUAUUAUAUGGGGCAGGGCCUCACUCCUGCAGACCCCAGUUUAGAAGAGGCGCCGGUGGUUGCGAUGCUUGCUGGUUCCAGCUUCGAAGUCAUUUUGACCUUCUUCGCAUUGAACCGCCUUGGAUAUGCCGUUCUUUUUCUGUCGACACGCCUCACCGCUUCAGCAUAUGCACGAUUGCUUGAAAUGGCCAAUUGCAAGCAAGUGAUCUUUGCGAAGCAGUUUGAUCAGACCGUACAUGAUAUCGGUGAAGAGCGACCUAGUUGCCGCAGCUUCCCCGUCUUGCAACGAGGAGACUGGUUCAAUCGUCAACCCAGUUCGCCACGCUUUGAACGAUCUAACGUCGAUCUAUCGCGAGAGGGAAAGAAAAUAGCUUGGAUCUUGCACUCGUCCGGCAGCACUGGUUUCCCCAAGCCAAUUUUCCUUACCAAUCUUCAGACACUAGCCAAUUGGCGGAAGAGUUUUGGAUUCCGUCUGUUCACGACCAGCCCACUGUUCCACUCUCACGCACUCAUGGAACUGGGACGGGCAUUUUAUACCCGCGCGAAGGCAUUCCUUGGUAAUCACUCUCUUCCCGUCACAUAUCAAAACCUCUACGAUGCUCUACUGCUUGCUCAGCCACAGCAAAUCAGCGCGGUACCAUAUGUCAUUGAACUACUGGCCGAGAAACCCGACGGCGUUAGAUUGCUAGCAAAGCCCGAGCUAGUGCUCUAUGGCGGUUCGAGCUGUCCGGAUGACCUUGGCGAUCGCCUCGUUGCACAGGGUGUCAACUUGGUUGCAAAUUACGGGGCCACCGAGACCGGUCAGAUCAUGACCUCCUUCCGACCUCCCGGAGACACCGAGUGGCAAUAUAUGAGGCUGCAUCGCCCAGUCGCUGACCACACCUUGAUGGAUGAGAUCUCGCCGGGGGUUUUUGAGUGCGUUGCACUAGAUGGCUUGCCCAGCAAAGGACCUUCGAACUCGAAGCCACCUUUCAGUGCAAAGAACCCAGAGAACAGUUUCCGGACGGCAGACCUGUUCACUAGACAUCCAGACCCAAACAAGAGCAACUAUUACAAAUAUUUGAGCCGACUGGAUGACCGUAUCACGCUGGUCAAUGGCGAGAAGGUGCUUCCGAUUCUCAUUGAAGGUCGCGUCCGAGAGGAGGAGCUUGUCAGGGAAUGUAUCGUGUUCGGAUUCCAACGGACCGUCCCUGGGGCCUUGAUCUUCCGUGCUGCUGAUAAGGCAGCACAUUUAAGCGACGAGGAGUUCCUGGAAACAAUCUGGCCGGCAGUAGAGGUGGCAAAUUCCCGAGCUGAAACAUUCUCUCGAAUUCCGAAGGAACUAGUUGUGGUCAAGGGUGCCGAUGUGCUGUACCCCAGGACAGACAAGGGAACCUUCAUCCGGGCUCAGGUCUACCAGGAGUUUGCCGAAGAGAUUGAGAAGGCAUACUCCAACUUCGGCGCCAGUGGACAGAAGGGCGAGCUUGCACUCAGUGUCUCCGAAUUGGAGGAUUGGCUGUUGGCGCGGUUCCGCGAGGACCUGGAUGUGCCACUGCCGAGCGCAGAAUCCGACAUUUUCGCCGCAGGGGUGGACAGUUUGCAAACAACCCAGAUCUGGAGAUUCAUUGUACGCGAGCUGGAUCUCGGAGCGAGCGGAGAAGCGUUGAGCCAGAAUAUUGUUUUCGAGAAGGGUACCGUCCGUGCCCUCGCAAAGCACCUCUAUCAAAAGCGCACUGGCCAAGCAGUCGAGGCCGAAGAUGAAGUCAAAGUCAUGCAGGAAAUGAUCCAAAAAUACUCACAGUUCACUCAACACCACCCGACGAUUUCACAGCAGCCAGAGAAGGAUGUGGUGAUUAUCACCGGUGCGACUGGCAAUUUGGGUGCCUUCAUCGUCGCCGAAAUUCUCAAGCGUCCGCGUGUUUCGGAAGUUUGGGCUCUGGUGCGGGCUCCGGGACAAGCGGCAGCGGGCGCUCGUCUCUGGAAAGCACUCGCUGAUCGCAAGAUUCCUCUCAAGGACGAGGAGGCUGCCAAGCUUCGAGCCGUGCCCUGUGAUUUAGCGCAGCCUAAUCUGGGCUUGGAGAGUCAUGUCCUUGAGCACCUUCUCUCAUCACUGACCUGUGUGAUCCACAGUGCUUGGGCCGUCAACUUCAACCUCGGCGUGCGAUCCUUUGAGCAGCAGCAUAUUCGCGGGACAUAUAACCUCAUCAACGUCUGUCUGCGCUCCAAGCUGCCAGUCCCCGCCCAGUUCUUCUUCUGCUCGAGUGUCAGCACAGCGAGCAACACUCCCCCACCCGCCGCAAUUGCUGAAAAUGCAAUUGAACACUUGGACCAUGCGCAAAAAAUGGGUUAUGGUCGCUCAAAGCUGGUCACUGAGCAUAUUACCCGGAAUGCCAUGCGACACACCGGCAUGCACGCCAGAGUAUUGAGGAUCGGGCAGCUGAGCGGCGACACCGUGAGCGCGCAGUGGAAUGAUACGGAGGCUAUAGCUCUCAUGUUCCGCAGUACGCUAACAACAGGCGUGCUCCCUGAACUCCCCGAGAGCCCAAGCUGGCUGCCUGUGGAUCAAUGCGCCCAAGCCGUUGCAGAACUCGCGAUGAAGGGAGCCGCGGCCAGCCCGGAUAUUGACUUGGCGUAUCAUUUGGUCAAUCCAAAGACUUUCAACUGGAAGAAUGAUUUGCUUCGCGCUCUGAAGCAGGGCUCGGCUUUACCCGCGUUCGAUGUAGUGUCGCCGCAAGAAUGGCUUCAGCGAUUGGCUUCUAGCGAACAAGAUCCAGAGAAGAACCCAAGUAUCAAACUGAUCGAUUUCUGGCGUGGCAAGUACGGGGGGUAUAGUCCGCAGCAGAGCACGGACUCGGCUCAACCGCAGCAGGUGGCGGGUCUUACUUUUGAGACAGGCCGCACAGUUCAGGAUUGCCCUUCUCUCGGACUUGUCAAGGACCCAGUGGCCGGUGGAUUGAUACAGAGAUAUAUUGAAUCUUGGAUGGAACGAUGGACCAAGUAG